GAAUAAAGGCUCACUUCAGUUUGAAGACAAAUGGGAUUUCAUGCGCCCUAUCGUUCUGAAACUUCUUCGUCAGGAGUCUGUCACAAAACAGCAAUGGUUUGAUCUGUUUUCGGACGUACAUGCAGUUUGCUUGUGGGAUGAUAAAGGUCCAGCAAAAAUCCAUCAGGCUCUGAAGGAAGACAUCCUUGAUUUUAUUAAACAGGCACAAGCAAGAGUGCUGAGUCAUCAAGAUGAUACAGCUUUACUAAAAGCAUAUAUAGUGGAGUGGCGCAAGUUCUUCACACAGUGUGAUAUUUUGCCCAAGCCAUUUUGUCAAUUAGAGAUUACUUUAAUGGGCAAGCAGGGCAGCAACAAGAAGUCUAAUGUAGAAGACAGUAUUGUUCGAAAGCUCAUGCUAGAUACGUGGAAUGAAUCCAUAUUUUCAAAUAUAAAAAAUAGACUUCAGGAUAGUGCAAUGAAGCUAGUUCAUGCUGAAAGACUAGGAGAAGCUUUCGACUCUCAGCUUGUUAUUGGAGUUCGAGAAUCUUAUGUUAACCUUUGUUCUAAUCCUGAAGAUAAGCUUCAGAUUUAUCGGGAUAACUUUGAAAAGGCAUAUUUGGAUUCAACAGAGAGAUUUUAUAGAACACAAGCUCCUUCUUAUUUACAACAAAAUGGUGUACAGAAUUAUAUGAAAUAUGCAGAUGCUAAACUAAAAGAAGAGGAGAAAAGAGCACUACGAUAUUUAGAAACAAGGCGUGAAUGUAACUCUGUAGAAGCACUAAUGGAGUGCUGCGUCAAUGCCCUGGUGACAUCUUUUAAAGAGACCAUUUUAGCUGAAUGCCAAGGCAUGAUCAAACGAAAUGAAACAGAAAAGUUGCAUUUGAUGUUUUCACUGAUGGAUAAAGUUCCAAAUGGCAUAGAGCCUAUGCUAAAAGACUUGGAAGAGCAUAUCGUUAGUGCUGGACUUGCAGAUAUGGUAGCAGCUGCUGAAACUAUUACUACUGAUUCUGAGAAGUAUGUAGAGCAAUUGCUCACACUAUUUAAUCGAUUUAGUAAGUUGGUUAAAGAAGCUUUUCAAGAUGAUCCAAGAUUUCUUACUGCAAGAGAUAAGGCAUACAAAGCAGUUGUGAAUGAUGCUACAAUAUUUAAACUUGAAUUGCCAUUGAAGCAAAAGGGGGUUGGAUUGAAAACACAGCCUGAAUCCAAAUGCCCUGAGCUUCUUGCUAAUUACUGUGACAUGUUGCUAAGAAAAACACCACUAAGCAAAAAACUAACCUCUGAAGAAAUUGAAGCAAAGCUUAAAGAAGUGCUUUUGGUACUUAAAUAUGUACAGAAUAAAGAUGUUUUCAUGCGAUAUCAUAAAGCUCACUUAACAAGACGCCUGAUACUAGAUAUAUCGGCUGAUAGUGAAAUUGAGGAGAAUAUGGUGGAAUGGCUCAGAGAAGUAGGGAUGCCAGCAGACUAUGUAAACAAGCUGGCUAGAAUGUUCCAGGAUAUCAAAGUGUCUGAAGACUUGAACCAGGCCUUCAAAGAAAUGCACAAAAAUAAUAAACUUGCUUUACCAGCUGACUCUGUGAAUAUUAAAAUUUUAAAUGCUGGCGCCUGGUCCCGAAGUUCUGAAAAAGUGUUUGUCUCGCUGCCCACGGAAUUAGAAGAUCUCAUCCCAGAAGUUGAAGAAUUUUAUAAAAAGAAUCACAGUGGUAGAAAACUGCACUGGCACCACCUCAUGUCCAAUGGAAUUAUAACAUUUAAGAACGAGGUUGGCCAGUAUGACUUGGAGGUAACAACAUUUCAGCUGGCUGUGCUGUUUGCAUGGAACCAAAGACCCAGAGAGAAGAUCAGCUUUGAAAAUCUUAAACUGGCAACUGAACUCCCUGAUGCAGAACUUAGGAGGACUUUAUGGUCUCUUGUAGCAUUUCCAAAGCUGAAACGUCAGGUUUUAUUGUAUGAACCUCAAGUCAAUUCACCCAAAGACUUUACAGAAGGAACCCUCUUCUCGGUGAACCAGGAGUUCAGUUUAAUAAAAAACGCUAAAGUUCAGAAAAGGGGCAAGAUAAAUUUGAUUGGUCGAUUGCAACUUACUACAGAGAGAAUGCGGGAAGAGGAAAAUGAAGGAAUAGUCCAGCUAAGAAUAUUACGAACCCAGGAGGCUAUCAUCCAAAUAAUGAAAAUGAGGAAGAAAAUUACUAAUGCCCAGCUUCAGACUGAACUGGUAGAAAUAUUGAAAAACAUGUUCUUGCCACAAAAGAAAAUGAUAAAAGAGCAAAUUGAAUGGCUUAUAGAGCACAAAUAUAUCAGAAGAGAUGAGUCGGAUAUCAACACCUUCAUAUACAUGGCGUAAUUUGAGGACUCUGCAGGAUGCCGAGAACGUAAAUGGAAGGGUGCUUGGACAGACAGCUGCAACAGUUUGUGCUGCAGACAGACUUGUUUUGACUUUCGUUACGUAUUAAAAUCCCUGCCUUACCUUACAGAGGACUGUAUUUUGCCAAUCUCAUUCAGCUAGCAUGAUGGCAUUCCCUUCAUGUUGCACACUUUUAACAGCAUGCUGUUUUGUGGGAAACUUGCGUUCAUGAAGAGCCCAUUGUGACUUUUUAAAGUAGAUUUGAUUUACACCCACCAGGAAGAAUACAGAUUUGGGUUUUUAGAUGACCAGUACUUGCACAAGGAAAAAAUAUUCAAAUAUUCAUGCACUGAGGAACUGCAAUUAGUUUUGUUUUGGGUUUGGUUUUUUUUUUUGUUUUGGGUUUUUUUUGGUUUUUUAAAUGCAAUUAGGACUAGAAGUAGCACUUUCACUUUUGUGUUUUGGAUCAACAGAGUAAUGUACUGUCCACCUUUGAUCCUUUUUAUGUAAUAACAUUUGAGAGACAGACACAUGCAUCACAACUGAUAUGUAUUUGUUACACUUAAAACCUGUUGGCUAGAGCAGUGCUUCAAUCUAGUAACUGGAUUUUAAUAAUUGACACAUAAGUGACAUAAAAUAAUUCCGAGUCAUGGGUGAUAUUUUUCCUUAAGCAAGAGAUUAUUGUUUUUAAAUUGUUUGCUGUAAACAAGUGGGUAUAUGUUAUUUGUUACCUUAUUUGGACAGAUGAUUUGCUACAAUCAUUUUUGGGAAGGUGAAGCUUUCUUGAAUGAUACUUUACUCUAAAAGCAGUUUUCAUGGAUGGGCCUGUUAUACUGAACAGAAAUAUUAAGUGUAUUUCCUUGUACAUUUAAUAUUUGUAUUCCAAAUAUUUAAGUAUGACUACAUAUAUCUGAAUGCAUUAAAGAGUAAUUGAUGCACAACUCCCCCGGAAAGAAAAUAACACUUGAAGAUCCCUGUACUAAUUCCUCAUUGAUAACUUUAUAUAUACGUGCAAGGGUAAUCCAGUUGGACUGGUUUGUUGCUUAGAAGUCAACAUCUUUAUAUGAAAACCAAACCCUCUGCUUUUUAUUUUUAAACUGGCAGGGUAGGAAAUACAAUUCUAAUGAAAAUGGUAAAAAGCUAAGGAAAAAUACCUUCUUUAGUGUAUGCAGAGAGAGUGCCAAAUACAUAUCAGGAAUUUCAACUUUUUAAUGUUACCUCUUCUGUUUUCAAUCAUCUUAAGUAGUCGUUUGGCACUGCCUGCCUCUCUGCUACUCUGAAAUGUCCCAGCAUGUACUGGACUGAUAACAUGAAUCACUGGAGCAGAGUGCCUGUCUUGGGACAAAAGGUAAGUUGCGCCUUACCCGGUUCUGUACGAGUAUUCUUCUGUAAGUCGCAAGCGUGCGAAUUUUUUUUUUUUUUUUAAUUAACCAGUUCAAGUACAACAUCUAAAGGUCUCCUCUUCUCUGACAAUUGAAAGGGGGAAGAGGAUAGAAUUAACUUUAGUCAAAAAGGAAAACCUUUCAGUAAGUAAGAGGAGGAGUUUUGCCUUCACAUGGUUGCAGUAAAGCAUAAAGUAGUGGUUUAAAAGCAAACUACAAGAACGGCUGUUUGCACCCUUAAACAGGCUGCAUGCUCUAUUGCUAACGUAAAUGCCAGUGUGACUGCCUGGGAACAGUGCGUACUUGGACAUCCGAGUAAGAAAUUGUCGGUAGUGAGGGUUUCGUAAGCAAGAGAUGGGGAGAAAUCGAGACCUGACCAGUUACAACUGAUUGAAAUCCCACAGCUUAUCGUACGUGCUUUUAUUGAUACCCCAAAGUAGAUGCUGUUUAAAAAUACUGCAUCUUUUAUGUUGGCCCUCUGGUGUUGCGAUUCAGAAUCAAAAGAAAGUGGUGCUCUCUGUAGUUAAUCAGUAAAAUGAUUUGAACGUUAGAGAACAAAAUUCUAGUAAAAAGCUUCAUCUUGCAAGACUUUUGGUCUCUGUAACUUAAAAAUAAUAAAUGUUCCCUUGGGAUAAUUGGGGGAAAACACGACAGUCUGAGCACACUCUUUUCAACAUAAAAAAUUCCAGCCCUUAACCAGAGAAGAACAGGUGUGAAACUAUCACGCAGCAAGAGCUGCAGAGGGGGUAAUGCUAAUUUUGAAGCCAUUGAUUCGGAUUUGAGAGAGAAGUUUAAGAGACAGCAUCUCAGAUACAGCUGUGUUGAGGAAGCUGGAGUAUACACAGAAAGCAACAGGUUGCUAAAAGCUAAGGAGCUGCACAUUCCCUCAACUAAUAAAUAUAAAAUAAUAUGACCUAAACGUUAUCUCUAUAUUUCUCAACACCUAGGAUGCAGAAAUAUAAUUGGUAAUGUGCCUACAACAUGGUCAUUUUUCUUUAAAUAUAUACUGGAAAUGGAUGUCGGGUUUUUUAUUAAAUCUGAGACUCACACCAGCAAAUUUGUUCAAGAUGCAGAAUCACAUUUAGCAUCCUUCAUCAGGUCACUUUCACCCAUAUGCACUUAAAACUAGGAUCACCUGGGGCACAGGGAGAUACCUGGGGUAAACUGUUCUUUUGGGGAGGGUAGAGUUGAGAUCUAAAUGAAAAUGAACUAUUCUUCACUUGCAAUAUGGCAACAACGCACUUUUAAGGCUGCAAUUUUUAGCUAUGAAUAUGUAUGUCCAAAGACCUAGCUUAAAGAGGUGCUGCAUCUGAAAACCAUGUUGCCACACACACUGCCACGGUGAAUAGCUAUGGAAUGAAAU